AUGGAAGACGAAUCUACCAGAAUAGAUGAAAUAUCUGAUUGCCGUCAAAGAGCAAUAGUUUGCAAAGAGCCUAACUUAAGUCCAUCUCAAAUAUUUAAAUCUAUCAGCAACAUGGUUGUAAAUUAUCCACACCUAACUAAAUACGAAAAAAAAUACUUAAUAAAUGAUCUUAUAAGAAUAAGAGAUGUGCAGAAUGUAAUAGAAAAUACAGGAGAAAAAAGACACUGCGAAUAUUGUAAUAAUCAAGUUAUCGCAAUUACUUACUGUGAAAAUUGUAUUAGAAAUUAUUUAAAAAGAGAUUUUAGUGAAUGGACCACAGGAAAUGUUAAAAUUGAUAAAUGGAUCCAGGAAUGUCAAAUCAACUCAGUGUCGCCUUCCGAUAUAUUUGAAUGGAUUCCCUUCGAAAAUUUUACUAAUAUAGAGUUUAGAGAAGAAGGUAAUUUUUCUCUAAUAUAUAUUGCAACAUGGAGAAAUGGUCCAUUUACAGAAUGGGAUACUGAAAAACAAGAGUUAAAAAGGAAUGGCGGAGAAACUUAUAUUCUCAAAAGUUUAAAGAACUCGAGGACAGAAGAUGAACAAUGGCUUAAAGAU